AUGUCAGAUUCCUUAAGUACUGAGACGAUUGCCAUACUUGAAGCAUGCCAAUUAUUCUCCUCUUCCAUGUGGAAUGAGAAUGGCAUCUUAGUAAUUGAAUCAGACUACCUUAAAGCGGUAAAUUGGAUCAAGAACCCCAGUAGCGCACCAAAGCCUUUUGAAGGUUUAGUUGGUAAAUGUAGGUGGGCAAACGAGAGAAAAAAAGUUUUCUUUUGUUCUCGGGGUGUGUUCUUGAUUGUGAUGGAUUCUAGUAUAGAAAUCAAGGUGACAAAUCCAAAGAAAGUAGACAAUGUGGUGCAUCCCGCAGCAGCAUCGUCGUCACCACAGUCAUCCGUGUCAUCUCCGUCGCGUGAUGGGCGGGGGAAGGGGCCGCAACUGGAGGAGGAGCGGAGUCAAAACAACCGGCGAGGACAGCAAGGACGACGGUUGGUGAAUGUCACGCCGUUUAAAAAUUGGGUGUCUUGGCUUAUUCCGGCCUUUGUUUUGGCCAACGUAGUCAUUUUUCUAAUCUCCAUGUUUAUCAACAAUUGCCCCAAGAAUUCGACAUCUUGUGUAGCUGGGUUCUUGGGAAGGUUCUCGUUUCAGCCGAUGAAAGAGAACCCUCUCCUUGGCCCUUCUGCUGCUACAUUAGAGGUAAUGGGUGCCCUGGACGUAAUCAAAAUUGUUCAUGAGCAUCAGGCAUGGCGUAUGGUUUCUUGUAUAUGGUUGCAUGCUGGCGUUUUUCACAUACUUGCCAAUAUGUUGAGUCUUGUAUUUAUUGGAGUUCGGCUCGAGCAGGAAUUUGGUUUCGUGAGAAUCGGACUGCUUUAUCUAAUUGCUGGUUUUGGUGGGAGUUUGAUGUCAUCUCUUUUCAUUCAAACCGGCAUAUCCGUUGGUGCAUCGGGUGCCCUUUUUGGUUUACUAGGUAGCAUGCUUUCGGAACUCAUCACAAACUGGACAAUCUAUGCAAACAAGUUAGCAGCGCUGUUGACUCUUAUUUUCAUCAUUGUAAUAAAUCUAGCAAUGGGAGUCCUCCCACACGUGGAUAACUUCGCUCAUAUCGGGGGAUUUCUUUCCGGUUUUCUCCUCGGAUUUGUAUUUCUAAUCCGUCCCCAGUUUGGAUAUGUUAGCAAGAAACAUGUGCCUCCAGGAUACAUUGUAGCUUCUAGUAAACCUAAACACAAGCCGUACCAGUAUGUCCUCUGGCUUGUCUCUCUGAUGCUAUUGAUUGUCGGAUUCACAGGUGGCAUCAUCCUGCUCCUUCAAGGGGUUAAUGUGAAUGAUCACUGUUCUUGGUGUCAUUAUCUGAGUUGCGUCCCGACCGCAUUGUGGAGCUGCAGAUCACAACAGCAAGUGUAUUGUGAGUCAGUCAAAUACGGGAAUCAACUGAACUUAACAUGUAUAAGCAAUGGGAAAAGCGGCAGCUACUCUUUAUCGGGUGAAAGCACUUCCCAGAUUCAACAGCUAUGUUCUAAGCUCUGUAGUUGAUGAUGGAUGCACAAGCAUGUAUAGGAGAAGAUUUAUAUGUAGAGAACUGUU